ACCAAAUUCAUACCAAAGAAUGCUGUCAACUAAUUCAUGGAAUUAUGUGUCUUAUUUUCCAUUAUCUUUGAUUCAAUCAUAACGACAGCUAAAACAUAUCUUGCGCUCUGUUCAGGCAAGUGGCAGAGAAGCAAAUAUGUAGGAGUGUCGCUUCUGGGGAAAACACUUGCUGUGAUAGGGUUUGGAAAAGUUGGAUCAGAAGUUGCUAGGCGUGCCAAGGGUCUUGGUAUGAAUGUGAUUGCACAUGAUCCUUAUGCUCCUGCAGACCGGGCGCAUGCAAUAGGUGUGGAGUUGGUGCGCUUCGAAGAAGCCAUAUCAUCAGCUGAUUUCAUAUCUCUGCAUAUGCCUCUUACCCCUGCUACAUCAAAAAUGUUCAAUGAUGAAACUUUCUCAAAGAUGAAGAAAGGAGUCCGAAUUGUUAAUGUUGCUCGUGGUGGAGUCAUUGAUGAGAAAGCUCUAGUUAGGGCUUUGGAUUCUGGGAUUGUUGCUCAGGCUGCUCUUGACGUCUUCACAGAGGAGCCCCCACCUACAGAUAGCAAGUUGGUGCAACAUGAAAAUGUGAUCGCAACUCCUCAUCUUGGUGCUAGCACUACCGAGGCGCAGGAUGGCGUGGCCAUUGAAAUAGCAGAAGCUGUCGUUGGUGCUUUGAAAGGGGAGCUUGCAGCCACUGCAGUGAAUGCGCCUAUGGUUCCUGCUGAGGUUCUUUUGGAACUUGCACCAUUUGUUGUUCUGGCAGAAAAGCUUGGAAGGCUGGCUGUGCAACUGGUUGCUGGUGGAAGUGGUGUGCAGUCAGUGAAAGUGAGUUACGCUUCUGCCAGAGGUCCAGGUGAUCUUGACACUCGACUUCUCCGAGCUAUGAUUACCAAGGGUAUAAUUGAGCCUAUCUCCAAUGUUUUUGUGAACUUGGUAAAUGCUGACUUCACUGCUAAACAGAGAGGAAUAAGGAUAACAGAAGAGCGCAUUGUAUUGGAUGGUUCACCUGAUAAUCCACUCGAAUUUAUCCAGGUUCAAAUUGCCAAUGUGGAAUCCAAAUUUGCAAGUGCAAUUUCUGAGUCUGGUGAGAUUAAAGUGCAGGGAAGAGUGAAAGAUAGGAAGCCCCAUCUUACCAUGAUAGGGUCAUUUGGUGUUGAUGUGAGCAUGGAAGGUAGCCUCAUACUGUGCAGGCAGGUUGAUCAACCAGGUAUGAUUGGUAAAGUCGGGAGUAUCCUUGGAGAGGAGAAUGUAAAUGUGAGCUUCAUGACUGUUGGGAGGAUCGCUCCACGAAAGCAAGCAGUUAUGACCAUUGGGGUGGAUGAGGAACCCAGCAAGGAAGCAUUGAAGAGAAUUGGAGAAAUAACAGCCAUUGAAGAGUUUGUUUUCCUGAACUUGUAGUAGGGCAGUCGAUAUCAUCAUCCUUCAUGCCCAAUUUUGGGGACGCUUCAUGGUAGUAAUUAGUCAAGAUUUAUUAUUAUUAUUAUUAUUAUUAUUAUUAUUAUUAUUAUUAUUUUGUAUUAAAUUUUUGUGACACCACUUGACAAGUUUCAUAUUUUCAGUUAGGCUUUCAUUGUGGAAUCGGCAUGGCAUCAAAAACAGGAAUUUUAUUC